AUGGAACGAGGAUUACCGGCAUGCGUCAUUGAUGUCGGCACAGGGUACACCAAACUUGGUUUUGCAUCAAACAAAGAACCCCAAUUUAUCAUUCCUUCAGCAAUUGCAAUUAAGGAAAGUGCUAAAAUUGGAGAUCAAGCCAUAAGAAGAUUAACAAAAGGAGUCGAAGAUUUAGAUUUUUUCAUAGGAGAUGAAGCAUUCGAUGCAACUGGCUAUGCUGUGAAGUAUCCUGUUAGACAUGGAUUGGUAGAAGAUUGGGAUUUGAUGGAAAGAUUUUUAGAACAAUGUAUAUUUAAAUAUUUGAGAGCCGAACCUGAAGAUCAUUUCUUUUUGUUGACCGAACCACCUCUCAACACGCCUGAAAAUCGAGAAUAUAUAGCCGAAAUAAUGUUUGAAUCAUUUAAUGUACCCGGAUUGUACAUUGCUGUUCAAGCAGUUUUAGCAUUGGCUGCUUCUUGGGCAACUCGUCCAGUCGAAGAGAGAACACUUACGGGGAUUGUUGUCGAUAGUGGUGAUGGUGUUACCCAUGUCAUUCCAGUGGCUGAAGGCUAUGUUAUUGGUAGUUGUAUCAAACACAUUCCGAUCGCCGGUAGAAACAUAACAUAUUUUAUACAAUCUCUUUUGAGAGAAAGAGAAGUCGGUAUUCCUCCAGAACAAUCUUUGGAAACAGCAAAAGCAAUUAAAGAAAGGUAUUGCUACAUUUGUCCAGACAUUGCCAAAGAAUUUGCCAAAUACGACACGGAUUCGGGUAAAUGGAUGAAAAAAUACGAGGGUAUAAAUUCUGUGACGAAAAAUCCAUUUAAUGUCGACGUAGGAUACGAAAGGUUUUUAGGACCUGAAAUUUUCUUUCAUCCCGAGUUUUCCAAUCCGGAUUUUACGACGCCGCUGUCGGAAAUUGUCGACACGGUAAUACAAAAUUGUCCGAUUGACGUGAGAAGACCUUUGUAUCGUAACAUCGUUCUCUCCGGAGGAUCGACCAUGUUUCGCGAUUUCGGUAGGAGAUUACAGAGAGACAUAAGAAGAGUCGUGGAUAGUAGGUUAAGCGUUAGCGAAAUGCUCAGCGGUGGAAGAAUCAAACCUAAACCCGUCGAAGUUCAAGUUGUUUCUCAUCAUAUGCAAAGAUACGCUGUCUGGUUCGGAGGAAGCAUGCUCGCUUCGACACCGGAAUUCUAUCAAGUUUGUCACACGAAAAGCGCUUACGAAGAAUACGGUCCGAGCAUUUGCAGGCACAACCCGGUUUUCGGUACCAUGAAUUAA